UGUUCUCAAUAUCUUACUAUUAAACCAUACUGUCAAAUAUCAUUUAAAUAGUUUAAAUAGUCUGUAUAUAUAAAACGGGAUCUUUGGGGAUCUUUUCAUAAGCCAGAAAUCCAAGGUGAUUAACGUAUAGCAUUGGUAACUAAGUUUAUAGAUUUACAAGAUGGAAUCGAAACUUAUAUUAAUGAUAGUGCCGCUUGUUACAUUAUGUUCUGCACAGCUGAUCAUUCCAAAACGACCCCUGGGAUACGUGUACGCUGCCGGCAGUAACAAUGCCGCCGUUCAUAUUGAUAUUCACAUGGGACCUCUUUGCCCCGACAGUCGAGACGCGCUUCCAGUUGCUAGGCAAGUCGCCGAACACUAUGGAGCGACAACCUUGAAGCUGACACUACAUAUGUUUCCUCUUCCAUACCAUCAUCAGUCUUUCAUAACAGCCAAGGGAGCACAGAUCAUUCGCAAACUUGGAGCUGGUGACGUAGCAGCGUACAGUUGGUUCGAAUAUAUUUACGCCAAUCUAGACAAGUAUUCUAAUGACGCCACAGCCAAUCUUACAACAAAUAACGUUAUUGC